AUGAGCGACUCCAAUGUCCCGAAGCGGCGGGAUGACAGCAAAGAUUUUCAAACCUUUGUCGCAAAAACAGUCAUUGGCUUCAUCACCAUGACUGUGUGCUUUGUACUGCUGAGGUUAUUCUUUCCAGGUGCUCUCGCACAGUCUAUAGAUACUCAGUCUGAAGUUACGUUAUUCAAUGCGGGUGAUUAUACCGAUCGGGUGACUGGCGUCGAUUUCACACUCUACACAAUCGACACCUUAAUGGACGAACAAGAUGCUCUACGGAGCUACUACUCUGCCUUCAUCAAUGAAGACGGUCUGUCGAAAAGGACCUAA